AUGGCUUUUGCCAGCUACGCUGCAAAGCUCAGGUCACUGCUGUUGGUGCUGGUCCUAGCACUUAUGGUGAGGAGCUCACCUCACCGGAGGGCAGUUCAUCCUCGACUUAACAAGUUUGAAAAGCUCGGUGAAGAUUGCCUGACCCAAAAGGACCUCAAAUUCCCAGAAACAGCAAAAGUUGACAUUCAUAUCGUCAAUUCAGAUCCUGUCUCUAGGAUAAUCCAUGAUGUCAGGAACCGAUCGCUUGCUCCUUGGGAUUACAGGCUCGACGAGGACCCCAACCGCUUCCCGCAGGUGAUCGCGGAUGCCACGUGCCGCCACUCGAGCUGUGUCAGCCCCCAGGGGCAGCAGGACCACGGCCUGAAUUCUGUGCCCAUCCGCCAGGAGAUCCUGGUGCUCCGGCGGGAGCCGCGGGGCUGCCUGCCCACUUACCGCCUGGAGAAGAAGGUCAUCACCGUGGGAUGCACCUGCGCCACCCCCAUCAUCCAGCACCAGUCCUAG